UGAUCAUGCGGGACUACCAGCACGAGAACGUGGUGGAGAUGUACAACAGCUACCUGGUGGGAGAUGAGCUCUGGGUGGUGAUGGAGUUCCUGGAGGGAGGUGCCCUCACCGACAUCGUCACCCAUACCAGGAUGAACGAGGAGCAGAUUGCUGCCGUGUGCCUGGCCGUGCUGCAGGCCUUGUCUGUGCUCCACGCCCAGGGUGUCAUCCACCGGGACAUCAAGAGUGACUCAAUCCUGCUGACCCAUGAUGGCAGGGUGAAGCUGUCAGACUUUGGGUUCUGUGCCCAGGUGAGCAAGGAGGUGCCACGGAGGAAGUCACUGGUUGGCACGCCCUACUGGAUGGCCCCGGAACUCAUUUCCCGUCUUCCCUAUGGGCCAGAGGUGGACAUCUGGUCACUGGGGGUAAUGGUGAUUGAAAUGGUGGAUGGAGAGCCCCCCUACUUCAAUGAGCCACCCCUCAAAGCCAUGAAGAUGAUUCGGGACAACCUGCCACCCCGACUGAAGAACCUGCACAAGGUGUCGCCAUCCCUGAAGGGCUUCCUGGACCGUCUGCUGGUGCGUGACCCAGCCCAGCGGGCAACAGCGGCUGAGCUGCUGAAGCACCCAUUCCUGGCCAAGGCGGGGCCGCCCGCCAGCAUCGUGCCCCUCAUGCGCCAGAACCGCACCAGAUGAGGUCCAGCGCCCUGUCCCUGAACCAAAGAGCCCCUUGGGUCGUCCCUGCCCUGCCGGAGGCCAGUAUGGGCCAGCCUCCCCUCUCCUCCCAGCCCAGGAGACACUCCAUGUGGCACCACUCUCCUUGCUUGGGCGGGGAGGGGUACAUGGGAUCCUACUACUGAACUCCGGUUUUGAUUUUGUGACUUUUUAAAAAAAAACACAGGGACUCGUGGGAGUGAGUGAGGUUCCCAGGACCUUUCUGUUCCCCGGGACAGGCCCUCCCCUGUGUUCCCC